UCUCUCAUAGAUAAUGUGGGAAGGCGUUGUAGAAGAAAGCUCGGAGGGUUCAAAAAGGCAUAAAACUGGUGUUCGAUAAGUCACUUGGCAAUAUGCCUGCCGUCAGGGGAGAUGGUAUGCGAGGACUGGCAGUCUUCAUAUCAGAUAUAAGAAACUGCAAAAGUAAAGAAGCCGAGAUAAAGAGAAUAAACAAAGAGCUAGCUAACAUAAGAAGUAAGUUCAAAGGCGAUAAGACUCUGGAUGGAUACCAGAAAAAAAAGUAUGUAUGUAAGCUUCUUUUUAUAUUUCUACUUGGUCAUGAUAUUGACUUUGGUCACAUGGAAGCAGUUAACUUACUAUCUUCAAACAAAUAUUCAGAAAAGCAAAUAGGCUACUUAUUUAUAUCUGUCUUGGUCAAUACUAAUAGUGAUCUUAUCAAACUUAUCAUACAGAGUAUUAAAAAUGACUUGCAAUCUCGAAACCCUAUUCACGUCAACCUGGCACUUCAGUGCAUUGCUAAUAUUGGCAGCAAAGAGAUGGCAGAGGCAUUUGGUACUGAGAUUCCCAAAUUACUUGUUUCUGGUGACACUAUGGAUGUAGUGAAGCAGUCGGCUGCACUAUGCCUUCUCAGGCUUUUCCGAAAGUCACCAGAAAUUAUACCAGGGGGUGAAUGGACCUCUAGAAUAAUACACUUGUUAAAUGAUCCUCAUAUGGGUGUAGUAACUGCAGCUACAUCACUUAUUGAUGCUUUAGUUAAGAAAAAUCCUGAAGAGUACAAAGGAUGUGUCACACUGGCUGUCGCAAGAUUAAGUAGAAUUGUCACUGCAAGUUAUACUGACUUACAAGAUUAUACAUACUAUUUUGUGCCAGCUCCUUGGCUGUCAGUGAAAUUAUUAAGGCUUCUUCAAAAUUAUACACCUCCUUCUGAAGAGCCAGGAGUGAGAGGUAGAUUAUCUGAAUGUUUAGAAACCAUUUUUAAUAAAGCACAGGAACCACCAAAAUCUAAAAAAGUACAACAUUCAAAUGCAAAAAAUGCUGUACUCUUUGAAGCUAUAAGCUUGAUUAUUCACAAUGAUAGUGAGCCCAACUUACUGGUGCGUGCAUGUAAUCAACUUGGACAGUUUUUGAGUAAUCGUGAGACUAAUCUACGUUACUUGGCUCUCGAAUCAAUGUGCCACUUGGCUACAUCAGAAUUCUCACAUGAAGCUGUAAAAAAACAUCAAGAAGUUGUCAUACUUUCAAUGAAAAUGGAAAAAGAUGUAUCAGUUCGCCAACAGGCAGUUGACUUACUUUAUGCUAUGUGUGAUAAAACAAAUGCUGAAGAAAUUGUUCAAGAAAUGCUUGCUUAUCUUGAAACUGCAGAUUAUUCUAUCAGGGAAGAAAUGGUUUUAAAAGUUGCUAUUUUAGCAGAAAAAUAUGCUACAGAUUUUACAUGGUAUGUGGAUGUUAUCUUGAACCUUAUCAGAAUUGCAGGUGAUUAUGUAUCUGAAGAGGUGUGGUACAGAGUUAUACAAAUUGUAAUUAAUAGAGAAGAGGUGCAGGGCUACGCAGCUAAAACUGUUUUUGAAGCUUUGCAAGCACCUACAUGUCAUGAGAAUAUGGUGAAAGUUGGAGGAUAUAUCUUGGGAGAAUUUGGAAAUUUAAUAGCUGGUGAUACCAGAUCAUCACCACAAGUACAAUUUGAACUUCUUCAUUCUAAGUACCACUUGUGUUCCGCAGCUACUAGAGCUUUACUUUUAUCAACAUAUAUAAAACUGGUGAAUCUUUUCCCAGAAAUAAAAGUAAGGGUCCAGGAAGUAUUUCGUGCUGAUUCUAAUUUACGCUCUGCAGAUGUAGAAUUACAACAGCGUGCUUCAGAAUACUUACAGUUGAGUAUUGUGGCGAGUUCUGAUGUUUUAGCUACAGUACUAGAAGAAAUGCCAGCAUUUCCAGAAAGAGAGUCAUCAAUAUUAGCUGUUUUGAAAAAGAAAAAGCCUGGUCGUAUUCCUGAUGAUAUUAGAGAGUCCAAGAGCCCACAACCAGUUGCAAUACCAGCUCCAAUUAUUAAUAAUUCUACAAACUCAAAUAGUGUCAGUACAGAUCUUUUGGGACUAACAACUCCUCCAGGAAGUUCUGCCAACAAUACAGGAAAUGGUCUACUGGAUGUUUUAGGAGACCUUUAUACUGCACCAAAAAUUAGUCCUACUACAGUACAACAAAAUAAUAUUAAAAAGUUUUUAUUCAAAAACAAUGGGGUUCUAUUUGAAAAUGAUUUAAUACAAAUAGGAGUCAAGAGUGAAUAUAGACAAAAUCUUGGUAGAAUUGGUUUAUUCUAUGGAAAUAAGACACAGUUCCCCAUUCAAAAUGUUCACCCAGAAUUGAUUUGGACAGAUUUGCACAAACUUAAUGUGCAAAUGAGACCCAUGGAGCCAGUUUUGGAAGCAGGUGCCCAAAUUCAACAGAUGCUUACAGCUGAAUGUAUUGAAGAUUUUGCAGAUUCACCAAGCAUGUCUGUAACUUUCGUUUACAAUAAUGUUCCACAAAAAAUUUCCAUGAAACUUCCACUCACUUUGAACAAAUUUUUUGAACCAACUGAAAUGAAUGGUGAAUCAUUUUUUGCACGAUGGAAGAAUUUAGGUGGUGAACAACAGCGAGCUCAAAAGAUAUUCAAGGCACAAGGUUCCAUUGAUUUACAUGCAACUCAUACCAAAUUAGCUGGUUUUGGUAUGCAGAUAUUAGAUGGUAUUGAUCCCAAUCCCGACAAUUUUGUGUGUGCUGGAAUUGUCCAUACACGACUGCAACAAGUUGGUUGCCUUAUGAGAUUAGAACCAAAUAAGCAAGCUCAAAUGUAUAGAUUAACUGUGAGAUCAAGUAAAGAAACAGUUUCUCAAGAAGUCUGUAAUCUGUUGGCAGAUCAGUUCUAAAUUAUCAAAGUAUAACAUAGGUACUUCAGAAUUACUCAUGUAUAAUGUUAUUGGUGCAAUGCCAUUGUAGUUUAAAAUGCUUACUUUGAAGCCUUCUCAGUACUGAGUUUUUUUACUGGUAAUGUAUAAAUUAAAAUAUAUGCAUGUUAUAUUAAAUUGUUUUAUAUGUAUAUUUUUCGUUUUACACUGGAAAAAUCAUACAUAAAGUACAUAAAUUAAAAAAUAAUAUAUUUGAAUUUUUUUUAAUGUAGUUUUUAUGUUGUAAAUUAUUGUAUUGAUCUUUAUAAUAUUCUAUUAUGAAUAUUCAUGUAUUGUUUUCUUAGUGUCUUUGUAAGUAUUAAUCAAACUUAUAUUAUUUUAGAAAUCAAGAAAUAUGCUUUUUGGCAUUUAUUUUUCAUAUCUAAAGGCUUUAGCAUAAUGGUACAAAACCAGUUAAUUAAUUAAUCCCUGCCCAUAACUUGGAAAGAGUUUUAGAGAUCUGUAAUGCUAUUAAAGAAGAUGUGCAAUUUUUCUGCAACUACCUGAAAUUUUUUCAAGUUACAUGCCAAUGCUAAUUCCUUUUUGGAGAUACAUCUACAGACAAUAUACAAAACGUUUUUGGGCAAACUAUGCAAGGUUAAAAAGGUUUUUAAUUAAUGAAAAAUAUGUAUAAAUUUGUCAUCAUAUCUUUCAAAAUACUAUGUAUAAAAAUAUAUUCUUUGGAAAAUAGUCCCUACAAGUUACAUACUUAUGCCAAGUUAUUUAAUGAUUAUUAAUUAAAAAUCAACAUAUACUUCAAGACACCAUAAUAGAUAAUGGGGAACAACAAUAUAUUUGCUUUAACCUCCUAAAACUAAGAAUUAUGGCAAAAUUGUUAACCACUACUUGAAAGUAUUUGUACAUUAAUUAAUUUAAAAUAUUCUUCUAUACUUGAACCCAAAAAUAACUGUUAAUUAUCAUAGGUGUAUAAAAAUUUAGUGUUUUACAAAUUGUUAAAUAGUAUGCUUAAUUGUUUUAAAAAUGCUCAAAGACAUUCCCAUAAUUUAUCUUUUCAGUUAUAUAUUUAUUUAUGUAGGAACUAAAAUUAUAAAUGUGUGUGUUUAAGGCAACAAUUUUCCAUACUUCUUUUUGUAGUCCUUUAAAGUAGCAACUAAAUGUUAAAUAUUGCCUUUAUAAAAAUCACAUAAAAGCAUCUCAGAUAGUUUGUAUGAUAAAAGUAUGUGUGCAACAUUGUAGAAAGCUUGAAAUAUUUAUUGUAGGUCAUCAAUAGUUGUUACUUGGACACUUAUUUAAUUAGUAAUUAUGUAUUUUGUGUAGUUUUAUAGCACUCACAGUGUUUUGGAUUUUAAAGUAAUGAUAACCAAAUAUGCAUACCUUAUUUUAUUAUAAUAACAAGACUUGGGCAGUUAUUAAUUUACUUUUAAAAUACUUUUGUGUGUUUAAUGUCAAUAAACAUUUAAUGUUCUGUAGCAAGGAAUCUCAUAUAAGAGUUAUUUUUAAUAGAUUACUGAUUCUAACUAUUAUAAUGCUUAGAAAAUUGUAGUUAAAUAACAUGUGUUGUUAUAAAAUUGUGUAGAAUGCUAAUAUGAGUGGCAUGAUAGAUUUGUUGAAACUUGAUCUUUAUGUGUUUACUCCUACAUAAUGAAUGUACAUAUAAAAUAUUUAGCACAUCACUAUCAUAUUAGAGACAUAUUUGGUGUGCUUACUGCAAAUACAUAGAUAAGUUUGUGAUUUAUGUACAUUUAGAAUAAUGUUUAAACCUACAGUUGCAAAAGACAAAAUAUGGUUAUCUUCUUGGGCUUUGAAAUCAUGUUAUAUCUAUUAAAAUAUAUUGUCUCAAUAAAAUAUUUAAUCAAAUACA